GUCUGCGCCGUACGUAGAAGCCUGUGUCACGUUUGGAUUAUAUCCAUUUUUAGUGUAGCAAAUCGCUAUUGUAACAAGAUAGUGCCUGUUCUUAUAAACCAGUUAGCUAGCUAACUUUCUUAGGCUACUGAAGUUGUUGGUGGUCACUGCACCAAACACAUUGCAAGUACUUUGCAAACGUUGUCUUUUCUAACUCAGUACAGUACUGGAACUCAGCUGCAGAAGGUUUAUUUCGUGACCAGCAAAACGUGGUUCAUCAUGAGUUGUGCAACGACGGAAGAGAGCCGAAGUGUGUCUCCGCAUUGCCCCAAGCCUGACGAAUCUGAGGUGCCGCUUGGUACAGCUAUGCCGGAGGAGACAGCGGUGUCUGCGAAUGCUGCAAGUGUGAAAGCUGAAAAGGACGUGUCAGAAGUUAUUAUCACUAAAGAAAUGGAGGAAGAGGAGAAGCAGUUGAUGGAGGAAGGGGAGCGGAAAGAGAAGGAAAUGAUGGAAAAGGCACGAGUGUCUAUGGAGAAGGAGUCUCAUGAGAUACGCUUCAAGAGACUGCAGCACCUGCUGGAGAAAAGUAACAUCUAUUCAAAGUUCCUGCUGACAAAGAUGGAGCUGCAACAACAGGAGGAGAUCAGGAAAGAGAAGCAGGAAAAGACAAAGAAGGGCACUGGCAAAAAUACGGAGAGAGUGGAGAGAAAGAAGAGGGAGCGAGAGGAGGACUACAAAAUAGCUGACGUCAUGUCUAAAGAGGAAAUCAUGUCCACGGCUAAGAAGGCCAAAGUGGAGGAGGAGGUAGCCAGUUCCAGGAAGCUAGAUGCGGAGGACAUUGAGAAGAUGAGUGACUCCAACACCGAUAUCAAGGGACGCCUGUCGGAGGCAGUGCGAGCAAGUUCCAAGCAGCUGCUGGACCCAGAGAGGAAGGUGAACGGGCAGCCCGUGCCUGUCCAACAGCCCGCUCUCGUGACUGGUGGCAUCAUGAGGCAGUACCAGAUCGAGGGCGUGGAGUGGCUCAGGAUGCUGUGGGAGAACGGCAUUAACGGGAUUCUGGCAGACGAGAUGGGUCUCGGGAAGACCAUCCAGUGCAUCGCUCACGUGGCCAUGAUGGUUGAGAGGAAGGUGCUGGGGCCUUUCCUGGUGGUGGCCCCCCUCUCCACGCUCCCCAACUGGAUCAACGAGUUCAAGCGUUUCACACCAGAGGUGUCUGUGCAGCUGUACCACGGGUCCAAGCCAGAGAGGGCGGCCCUGCUGAAGAAGAUUCGUAAGCCCCAGGGGUCUCUCAACAUGUACCCUGUGGUGGUCACCUCCUUCGAGAUGGCCAUGAUCGACAGGACUCUCCUUCAGCGAUUCCCUUGGAAGUAUCUGAUUGUGGACGAGGGCCACAGGAUCAAGAACCUAAACUGCCGUCUGGUGAGGGAGCUGAAAAAGCUGCCAACAGACAACAAGCUGCUUCUUACUGGCACUCCUCUGCAGAACAAUCUGUCCGAGCUCUGGUCCCUGCUCAACUUUCUGCUGCCUGAGGUCUUUGAUGACCUCAAGAGCUUUGAAUCGUGGUUUGAUAUCAACACCAUUGGGGCAGAAGCUGAGAAUAUCGUCGCCAACGAGCAAGAGCAGAAUAUCCUGAACAUGCUUCACCAGAUCCUGACACCGUUCCUGCUGAGGCGGCUCAAGUCCGACGUGACACUGGAGAUCCCACCCAAGAAGGAGGUCAUCGUUUAUGCUCCUCUCACCGCCAAGCAGGAGGCCUUCUACACGGCCGUCGUCAACAAGACAAUCUCCAAAAUGCUGGGCCAGGAGAAGGUGGAGGCCCCGGUGGCGGUGACGUCCGCUGGCAGGCCCAAGCGCCGGAGCCGGAGGCUUGUGGACUACUCAGAGCAAGGGGGGGGAGAGUCCCCCGCCGACCUGGAGAAAUACCUGGAGAGGCUUCAGAAGGAGGCAGACCAGAGCUCUGCCCCAGUAGUGGACGUCCAGAUUCCCCUGGACGCUCAGAUCAACCUGAAGCUGCAGAACAUUCUCAUGCUGCUGAAGAGGUGCUGCAAUCACCCCUACCUCAUCGAGUACCCCUUGGACCCUGCCACUCAGGACUUCAAGAUUGACGAGCAACUGGUCCAGACCUCUGGGAAGUUCCUUAUACUGGACAGAUUGCUGCCGGAGCUGCAGAAAAGAGGACAUAAGGUGCUGAUCUUCAGUCAGAUGACGUCCAUCCUGGACAUCCUGAUGGACUACUGCUACCUGAGGAGCUACCAGUACAGCCGGCUGGACGGGAGCAUGUCCUACACCGACAGGGACGAGAACAUGAGAAGAUUCUCCUCCGAUCCCGACGUGUUCCUGUUCCUGCUGAGCACCAGGGCAGGGGGGCUGGGGAUCAACCUGACCGCUGCCGACACGGUCAUCAUCUUCGACAGUGACUGGAACCCCCAGGCUGACCUGCAGGCCCAGGACCGGUGUCACCGGAUUGGCCAGACCAAACCCGUGGUGGUGUACCGCCUGGUCACGGCCAACACCAUCGACCAGAAGAUCCUGGAGAGGGCCUCCGCAAAGAGGAAACUGGAGAAGAUGGUCAUUCAUAAGAACAAGUUUAAGGGAGGGAAGGCGGAGCUGAAGCAGACCAAAAGCUGCAUCGACGUUUCUGAGCUGAUGGAGCUUCUCAAAUCCAGAGAUUAUGAGAAGGGGGUGAAAAGCACCAUGGGUAAGGUCAUCAGUGACAAGGACCUGGAGUUUCUGCUGGACCGCAGUGACCUGAUGGACAAGGAAAAGAAAAGCUCUAAGCAGGAGAAGGUUGGAGUGUUCCGGGUGAUUGAAGCCAAAGAGUCGUCUGAGAUCAGCCUUACCUGAGAAGACGCUUAGACAUCAUCUCAAGACCUUAAGCUAGUACAUACAGGGACCAAUGAGAGUGGCUGGGUGUUACAGUAGGGACUGAAACCAACCAUCCUGAAACUGCUGUUGACACAAAACGACAAAAUGAUCUCAUUCAAUUGUUUUGAAUCAUUUUGUUUAUGUUUAGGGUUUGAAGUAUUAUGUUGGAAGAUGAAUCUUUGCAAGUAAGAUGUCUUGAGAGCCCUUGUUUUGUGUUUUUUUUCUCAUAUAUACUGCUUUACUCUUACGUUUUUCUGUAAAAGUCUAAAACAUAGUAAGCUAUAGGUUCUUUCAUUGAUACUGUAUGUUUGAUAAAACAUUCCUUGCACUUUUCUGUAAGGGGUGUUAUCUCCUUGCACACUUUGACCUUGUCCUUCAUGUUUUGUAAUCACCCCAUUUUAGAGAAAUAAAGUAGGUUUUCAAUUA